UGGACGCUCGUGCGGUCUGUUGUCCCGGGGCUGUGAGUCCUCAAUGACGAGCGUACAGUACCGAAAAAGAAAUGUUGAUACAGCCCUUCAGCCCUAGGCCGGGCUCUGUCUACGUACUCACUCCAUCUGCAGCGCGCUCAGCUCGACGCAUGGAUGCAGUCAGAGCUUGACUUCGCUAGGAAGAAAGGCGCUGGCAUACACGGAGCGACCGCUUGCACGGACAAGAAGUUCUUUGUCCCCUUCCAAAAAGCAAGCAUUUCUUCUGUCUGGGUGUGGGCCCCAGCGUCCGAAAGAUGUCUGUCUGUCUUAGGAGAAUACGAGCGGCAAACGCACUCUAAGCUAGGCUGCCCUGCGUACAAUGACGACGAGCUUAGACUAUCGUACGCUCUUCGUUCAAUCUUCACGUCGACCGGGGGUUCAAGUUCCAGGCCACGUUUGCUUGAACCUGUUGCAGAGCAGGGACACUUGGCUGCUGCGGAGGAACGCGCUCGCUGUGUCUUUUCUGUCGCCCUUUUUGGUUUCAGUCGGAGGACAUGGUUUGCGCGUAGUUUGCAUCUUUUAGCGGUAAGGCGUGUGGUAUUUCGACUUAAAAGGCAACACUUUACCGCUGCUUCUCCUUCUUUCUUCCUCCACCAGGCCCCCCACAACAGCAGCCAGCAGCUCCAUCAUCUAGCCUUGCUCCAGAAGCAAAACCCGCACACCGCAGACAGCAAGGCCACCAUUUUCGACCCCACAACACCUCCCUCUAUCACCAUGGACCCCCACUCCCCCUGCCUGGUCGCCGGCAUCGCCGUAGCCGGUGCAGCGUAUUACCUCUGGAUCCACAGAGCACAGCGACAGCGACAGCGGCAGCCGCAAGCCCAGCCCUCCGCUCUCACUCUCCCCGUCGCCGAGCCCGCACCCACCCAAGCUCCACCGCCAUCCACGCCGGCGAAGCGCGAGCCGCAGACACCUCAGCAAAACGAACACUCCGCAACCGCGGCAGCCCCGCCCAAGACCCUCGAGGAGCUCGAACGGGAAUUCAUCAACUUCGCCCGCGGCAUCGCCAAGGACGUCCCUGGUGUCGACAAGCAGGUGCAGAGCAGGCUCAAGAGCUGGGUCACGCAGGCGGUGCAUCUGGCGACCGAUGAUAUCGUCAGGGAGGCGAAGGCACUUCUCAAGGAGGGAGCCGGCAGGGAUGAGGAGGGCGAAGAGGGGGGAGAGGGUGGAUGGAUCGCCGGCUCCUUGAAUGGGGGGACGGUUGGUGGUGUUGGUGAAGCGUGGAUGGAGGUGGCUGAGGAGGAGCAGGCAUGGUUUCGAUGCGUGGGGAUGGCGUAGGGUGAUGUAGAUAGACGGUCGGAGUAGUUUGUCUUUCUUUCUCUACUUUCCUUGAUAUACUAUAGACUUUGGGACAUACUUGCAGAACGGCGUUUCGGAUAGACGGAUAGACCAAUAGACAACUCGCAUUUCAUUCUUCCCCUUCCAUCCUUCAACACAUAGCACAUCGCCCUCCAUCCGGACAAUCACUGAUACACAGCAGAAGAACACGGUUCGAGUGACCACCAAGGUACGGUUUUCAAU